CGUGGGCUCGGCCCCGCCGGGCGGAGACGACACGCAGCCGUCCCACAGAGAGAUGGAGAGCUACUACAGCCUGCUGCAGGCUGGCUCUCAGCUGGAGAGCACUCUACAGAGGGUGACCGUCCCUAUCAGUGUUAAGGAGGUAGGGGGCUACAUCGAGAGGCAGGUGGCCUUCCUGUCAGGGGGCCGGGGGGAGGAGUCUAGCGUGGUCAUCACGCUCCCAGAGUGCUCCGAUUUCAGCGACAUUCCCGAAGAGGCUUUAGCUAAGGUCCUUACGUACCUCACUCUGAUUCCACGAACAUGGCAGCCCGGUGUUAAGUUCAUCGUCAUUCUCGACCGGAGACUGGACACGUGGGCCUCCAUUAAAACAGCGCUGGCGAGAAUUGCGGCCUCCUUUCCUGGGACCCUGCACCUGGUCCUGGUGCUGCGGCCCACCAGCUUCUUCCAGAGAGCCGUCACCGACCUGGGCUUCCGGUUCAGCCAGGAGGACUUCAUGCUGAAGAUGCCCGUGGUCAUGCUGAGCUCUGUCACAGACCUGCUGCGCUAUAUCGAUGAGAACCAGCUCACCCCGGAGUUCGGCGGGACACUGGAGUACUGCCACAGCAGCUGGAUCGUCCUGCGCACGGCUAUUGAGAGUUUUGCGGUGACGGUGAAGGAGAUUGCCCAGAUGCUGCAAGCCUUUGGCACAGAGCUGGCAGAGACGGAUCUCCCUGAGGAGGGAAACGCCAUCGAGUUCCUCCUCAUGUCGCACACUGACAAGUACAGGAAACUGAAGGAUGACAUCAGGACAGUGACGAGGGAGGCGCAUCACUUGCUCUCAAACCUGGAGGCUUCUGGGAUAGAAGAAUAUUCUGGAAAGCACUGGAAUGUGAGCCAGGAAUGGGAGACAGUGCAGAGGUUACUGGGUCAGCUGCGGGACAUGGAGAUGGCCUUCGAUGGCUUCUUCGAGAAGCAUCACCUCAAACUGCAGCAGUACCUGCAGUUGCUAAGAUACGAGUGCAGCUUCCACGAGAUGGAGUCCACGCUGGAGAAUCUGUCGGUCCAGGAGCAGGAGAUGGCAGUGUCAGGGGACACGGUGGCACAGACUGAGCAGCUGAUCAGAGAGAUGGAGGAUCUGGACAGCAGAGCACAGGAGGAGAUGGGGCGUGCCCAGAUCAUCAUCCUGCACGGGCACCAGCUGGCGGGCAGCCACCACUACGCCAUGGCUCUGAUCCUGCAGCGCUGUAACCAGCUCCGUCACCACGGCGACACGCUGACCGCCGCCCUGAGGGCCAAACACAGCGCUCUGACCCACUCCAGAGACCUGCUGCUGCGCCUUGAACAGACCCUGCGCUGGUGUGAUGAGGGGGCCUACCUCUUAGCCAAUCAGAUGGUGGAUAAGUUCCAGUCCAAGGAGGGGGCGCAGGUCGCGCUGCGGGACAUUGAGCGCUUCCAGGAGAGCGUGGCUCCGCCCCUCAGCGUGGGCCCUGAUGUUCUGGCCAUGGAGUUUGAGUCCAUCCUCACCCCUGAGCUACAGGCCCAGAUCGGGUCGGCCCAUGAGAAGCUCACUGCGGUCCAGGCCAUGCUCCAGAACCGGCAGGCCUGCUUGCGGAAGCUGGCUGACAAGCUGGUCCGCCCCAUCCAGCUGGUGGCCCCCCGGCCUGAGAACCCACCCCGCUCCAAGUCCCCGCUGUUCUCCCCAAAACACGACUUCAAUUCCGGGUUGAAGUUCUCCUUCGACAUCUCUCUGCCGGGCAAGAGAACGUCACGGAAAAGCCCCAGUGCCAGGAAGAUAGAGGUGAUGCAUGACUACGAGGAGAACAGGAGCACUCUGUCCUUCAGUUUAGAGGGGGAAGACAGCCCAGACCUUCUGAAGCGCCACGUGGUUAAGGAGCUGAUUGAGACAGAGAGGAUCUAUGUGGAUGAGCUUCUCUCUAUAUUACUGGGCUACAGGGCAGAGAUGGAUAACCCCGCCCUCUCUGGGCUUUUGCCCCCUGACCUGCGGAACAAGAAUGAGAUCCUGUUUGGGAAUAUGCCAGAGAUCUACGACUUCCACAGCAGGGUCUUCCUGCAGGACCUGGAGGGGUGUCUCCAGGCUCCAGAGGGAGUGGGGGUGUGCUUUCUGGAGAGGAAAGAACAGUUCCAGGUGUAUGAGCGGUAUUGUCAGAACAAGCCUCGUUCUGAACUGCUGUGGAGACAGUUUUCUGACUGUGCCUUCUUCCAGGAGUGUCAGAGAAGGCUUGAGCACAAACUAGGCUUGGACUCGUACUUACUGAAGCCAGUCCAGCGCUUGACCAAGUACCAGCUCCUUCUGAAGGAGUUGCUGAAGCACAGUGUAGGGUGUGAGGGAGCCUCCGAGCUGCAGGAGGCGCUGUCCGCAAUGCUGGACCUUCUCAAGUCUGUUAAUGACUCCAUGCAUCAGAUUGCCAUCACUGGGUAUGAGGGGGAGCUGAGUGACCUGGGUCGGGUGCUGAUGCAGGGCUCCUUCAGUGUGUGGAUCAGCCAUAAGAAGGGCCCCACGCGGAUGAAGGACCUGGCGCGCUUCAAGCCCAUGCAGAGGCACCUGUUCCUGCACGAGAGGGCCCUGCUCUUCUGCAAGCGCCGGGAGGAGCACGGCGAGGGCAGCGACAAGACCCCCUCCUACAGCUUCAAACACCUGUGCAAGAUGAGUGCAGUUGGAAUCACAGAGAAUGUCAAGGGUGACGUGAAGAAGUUUGAGAUCUGGUACAGUGGAAGAGAGGAGGUCUAUGUGGUGCAGGCACCGACGGUGGAGGUGAAGCUGGCCUGGCUCAGUGAGAUCCGCAGAAUUCUCACCAACCAGCAGAAACUGCUGAGAGAGGAGGCAUACAACCACAGCCCAGUGUCUGAUCAGAUCCAGCUGUCUCCACCGCUGUCAGACAGCAAGCUGCAGAGGUCGUCGGUCAGCUCGGAGGAGACCGAGUCGGGCCGGACCAGUCCGGUUCUGCUGGACUCGCUCGUCUUUUCCCCCCAGCACCAGCCCAACCGCCGCAGCUGGCCCGGGGCCUCUCGCUCCGUGGAUAUCUGUGAAGGCCUGGAGAACUGGAGCAGAAGCCACGACGUCUCCCACCCGUCAGACACCGAGGAGGACGAUGUGGCCCAGCUGGUCCCAGGCAAGUACAGGGCCUUGGCUGACUGUCAAAGGCCUGAUGACUUCAUCAUAAAGUGCGGUGACAUCAUCCAGCUGCUGCAGGAAGACAAAGAGGGGCAGUGGCUGGUGAAGAACCUCAGCCGCAGGCAGGAGGGCUGGGUCCCCGUGGGCCGUCUGCAGCUCAUUCUGGGAGACAGUGCCCGGGUGCACAGGCUGGGAGAACCCGUGUUUCAGAAAGCCCGGAAGCUGAGCACCCCCUGACAGAGUGACGGGGCUCUCCCCCCUGU